AUGGCCCGCACGGCUCCCCCGACAGUGCCGCCGCCCCCGGGGCCGCCGGCUCGCGGCUCCCUCAGCCUCCAUCGCGCCUACCUGCGGAGCCCGCUGGGCCUGCUACGCUUGGGGCAGCUGGCUCUGGGCGCUGCCUUCUGGGUGACGGUAGCGGCUCAUAAGUACGAGGGGGCGGCCCACUUCGCUCUGUUUGCCGCCGUCCUGGUCUGGCUUCUCACCCUGGCCCUCUUCGGGCUGAGCCUGCUGGGGCGCUGGGAGCUGGUGCCCUGGCUGGGCUCCCGCUGGCUCCUCACCAACCUGGUGCACGACCUGGCACUGGGUGUGGGGCUCUACGCAGCUGCCACUGGCAUCAUGGGUCACAAGGCCAAGCAGAGAAGCUUUUGCAACCUGCCGGGCUACAGCCAGCACUGCCUUUACAGUGCCUACCUGAGCGCCUCCAUCUGUGGGGGCAUCACUGCCUGCCUGUACCUCUUCUCCGGGCUCUAUUGCCUAUCACGGCGUUGCCAGGACCAGCGAGACAUCAUCUGAGAUCCCGUGCCACUUGGCUCCCCUUCUCAGCCGCAGACAGAACACGACCUGUCUUUGGGAUGAAAUGACCCUGCCACCCCAUCCCCUCCUGGCUGACUGCACUGCAGUUCCUCCAGAGAAUCCUGCACAGACGGAUGGACAGACAGAGGCCUUCGCCGAGCACGGCUUCCCCUGCAGCGCACUGAGACAGCAUGGACACCCAGCCACUGCACAGGCCCUUCUCCCACCCUUGGACAGAUGUAGGCUAUUGCAAGUGGAAGGACCCAAAUGGAGAGCCCCCAAGAGGCAUACCAAUCUUUGUGAGCCCCUCCUAGGACUCAAGGCAAAAUCCCCUGCCCCUGGUCUUGCAGAUGCUGCAUGCUCAGAGAGGUUUGUGGCUCCUAGCCACCCAGAGCCACUGAACCAGCCCUGUGGCCAGGCUACUCCAAAAGGGAUGGAAACAGCCUCACUGAUGGAGACCAGCCUGCAGCCCUCCCUGUCUCUGCUGCACUUGGUUUAUCAUCCUGGAAAAUUUUCAUCUCUGGACUCUCUGGGACUGGGCAGUGCCUGGAGACUGUGGUGAGGUGGAGGGGAAGGGUGAACCUUGCAGCAUGGCAGUGCUAGGCUGUGCUGGCACUGUCCAUAGGGGAGCUGCGGCCAGGCAUUGUGGGAGCAUAACCCACCUUGGAGAACAGAAGAGGACACUGGCACUGGAGCCAGCCCAGCCCUGGAUUAGCCUCCACAACCCACCAGGUCCCAAGCCCUGAUGAGGCCAUGUAGGGCUGACUAGAGAAAUGGACAGCCAGACAGAAUUUUUAGAGCAGCAGCUCCACACUGGGACUGCACUGCCACAAGCCCUCCUCACCCUGCCUGGAGGCAGGUCCUCUCUAUUGCUCACAGUGCAAGGGAGGGUCUGCUCCGGUCUCUGUAGACUCAGAUCAGUGACAUGUGUGUCCUCAGCAGCUGGCCACAGCUGCCUGUUGCCUGGGGUUCCCUGGAGCCUUUUUUGAGGUGGAGAGCAGCAGCCAUGAUUCCCCUGGGGGCUUGAAUCGGUCUGGGAUUGGUACUGGGUCACCACUUCCAUCAUGAUGUGCUGUCCCAGUGGAUACCCCAUAUGCUCAGGGGCCCUGCCAAGCCCCAGGGCAUGUACCCCUUCCCUGGGUAGGACAUGCUGUCUGUGCACUGUGUCAAGGCUGGUCCCUGACACCGCCUGCCUCUGCCUUACUCUGGUGCAGCCCUUGUGCCAAAAUGUCUUUGGUGCUUCUGCCACCACAAGUGCCUUCCCCUGGCUUUCUGCAGCCCUGUCUGUCACAUCAGCUCCAUCCCCCUACAGCCUCCUUUCAGGUGCCACAAAUAAAGCAAUGUUGGCACUCACUGGAUGUCUGGGGCUUUGUG